AUGAUUCCCCAUUAUUAUUAUCCGCCAACUAUCCGUCUGCCCCAUUAUUCAGCCAACGAGACUUCGGUCUUGUCAUUGAUUACUCAAUUUGGAUUUCUCUGGGCCGCUGUACUGGGGAUAGCUUUCAUUGUCAUUCGGCGAACGCGACCUACUGUCAGUCGGUCAGAUCAGCUGUCUUUUAUAUGGAUGUGCUUGACUGGCUUUAUUCAUCUAUUCUUUGAAGCAUACUUUGUUACCCAUCAUGAAUCCCUCGCCGGCGCCCAACAAUUAUUCGGCCAGCUAUGGAAGGAAUACUCCCUCUCUGACUCGCGGUACUUGACCUCAGACGCCUUCCUUGUCUCCAUGGAGGCAGUCACAGCGUUCUGCUGGGGGCCCCUCGCAUUUUUCAUCGCAUAUUGCAUCGCAGUCCAACAUCCCCUCCGUCAUGCCCUCCAACUCAUUAUGUCCACGGGACAAGUCUAUGGGGAUGUUCUUUACUACGCCACGAGCUUGUUUGACCUCUAUUUCCAUGGGGUGAUCUUCUGUCGGCCAGAACGCUACUACUUUUGGUUCUACUACUUUUUCAUGAACUUUAUUUGGAUUGCGAUUCCCUCCUAUCAUGUGUACCAAAGUGUUGUUGAGAUCACCCGUGCGUUUCGAAGGCUCGGAGAGCUUGAUCAGAGACAGAAAGGGAAAUAA